UAACAAUAAGAGCACGCAGGCAGAAAGAUCAAACUAUAAAGAUCUCAACAUUCUCUUCCACUUUCAUUUCCUCUAUUGUGAGUUCGAGAAUAUAAUUACAAGUUCCAAAGAUAUCUGCUAAAUUCCAAAUGUCCACUGCGAUGGAUAAAAUUGAAUCUUACGUGAUUAAUAACUCCGGUGAUCAUCUGUAUCAAUCUUCUUUUGAGUCUUUAUCUUCAUCGGAGGAGGACGGGGAAGUUAAUGAAGCUGAGUCAUCGUACAAGGGUCCUCUUGAUUUGAUGGAAGCUCUCGAAGAAGUCUUACCCGUUAGGAAAGGGAUAUCGAAUUAUUACAAUGGAAAGUCAAAGUCGUUCACGAACUUAGAAGCUGCGUCUACGUUGGCUUCUUCGUCUUCCAUGAAAGACUUAGCGAAGCCGGAGAAUGCUUACAGUCGUCGUCGGAGGAAUCUCCUCUGCCAUCAGAUAUGGGAGAGCAACAAGACGACUCCGCGUGGAAGGAUCUCUAAGAAACACAUCAUGAGCUCGAGUAGGAGCGCGUUGACGCUUGCCAUGGCAGUUGCUGCCGGAGAAGGAUCUUCCUCCGGGAGAGACUCAUCGUCGGGAAGGCAGAUGGUGCUUCCUCCGCUGUAUCCUAGGAGUCAAGGGUCUUUUGGUAAUAUGAAGUCGUCGGGGUUUUAUGCCUGGAGAUCUUAUUCGGUAGCUGAUAUUCCGAGGUGUUUCCCGGCGACGACGACGAAUGGUAUUGGGUCCACCGACUCUUAAUUAGGAACGAUUACAUUUGUUUUUAAGUUAAUUUUUGAAGUAACAUGUAGAGAAUGUAUAGACGUGUAUCAAACAUUUUAAUGGAUCGAUCCCGUUUUGUUCUUAAUCCUAGUUCUAAAUACUAGCUAAACCAUAUGAAACUUUCAUAUCAUAAAAUCAAUCAGACCAUUAAUUAUGAAACUAUAUUGAUUUUAUGAUAUGACAAGUAGUAAUUAAUUAAUAGAUGUAACUGAUAAGAGAAUAGUGAGAAGAAGAUCAUGGAGUUUGUAUCCAUUAGCACCUUUCUACGUAGACGCAUUUGUUGUAUCCAUUAUUUUUUGCUAUGCUCGGAAGAAAGUGCAUUGUAACCGCAAUUACCAAAAAAAAACUUGCAA